AUGAGCGAAACAACACAUCUGGCAGCACUCUUGCAUGGUGCGAAAGAUGUACGACUAGAGCAAGUACCAACCGCUGCUCCACUUCCACAUCAAGUCCAGAUACGCCCACGCGCCACAGGAAUAUGUGGUACAGACAUGCACUACUACUCAGCCGGAAAGAACGGCAUGUUUGUUGUUAAGAAUCCUCUGGUUCUGGGACACGAAGCAGCUGGAGAAGUGGUUGCAGUUGGCUCGGACGUCAAGGCCUUGAAGGUGGGAGAUCGGGUAGCCAUCGAGCCGCAAAGACCUUGCUCGGAGUGCAAGCAAUGCACUACCGGUCUCUACAAUCUAUGCAGUAACAUGAAGUUCUCUGGAAGCGCCAGCGCCGAUCCUCCUGUACAGGGUAGUCUCCAGGAGUUGUAUUGUCACGCAGCGGAAUACGCUCACCCCUUACCAGACUCCGUGAGCUGGACCGAAGGAGCGAUCGUUGAGCCUCUUGCUGUCGCUGUGCAUGCUGUCAAGAGAUCAGGGCUGCAGGCAGACAAUUCUGUGCUAGUGCUAGGCGCAGGUGCCAUUGGGUUAUUGUGCGCCGCGGUUGCCAGGAGCAAAGGAGUGAAAAAUAUAGAGAUGGUCGAUGUCGACCCUGCCAGACUGGAAUUUGCGAAAGCACAAGGUCUGGCUGAUACGAUCUUCAAUAUCCCACUUCGACCGAACGAAGGCGAGGAGAAAGUAGAUUUUUGCAUGAGGAUGGCCAAGGAUAUCAUCAGUCAGAACAAAGAGCGCCUUUUCGAGACGAUCAUUGAGUGUACGGGUGUGGAGACCUGCGUGAACAUCGGCAUACAUGCCGCUGCGCCUCGUGGUAGGGUAGUUUUGGUCGGAAUGGGGUCGCCAAUGCAGAGCAUCAGGGUUGGAUCUGCUGCAGUCCGCGAGGUGGAUCUUAUCUCGGUGUGGAGGUAUGCGAGUACGUUUGGCACCGCAAUCGAUCUCAUUGCAUCCGGCAAGGUAGCGGUCAAGCCGCUUGUCACCCACGUCUUCCAACUCAAGCAAGCAGCGGAGGCGUUGGAUGUAGUGGUGGCGAAACCUGCAGAUCUCAUAAAGUGUGUUAUAGUGAGCUAA